AUGGACUCCGGUAGCGAAGAAGAAAGUGUUUUAGACGUUGGGGAAGAACAGUUAUUUGAAGAGGACUUAGAAGUUGACGAAUUCGCAGAAACUUUGAAGCUAAUCGAAUCGAACGCCGAAGAAAUUGACCAGCAAUUGUUGGACGCGAUCAGCGAGGUUGGUGGUAAUAUUGUUCAAAUGCUACUAUAUUCCAUUUUGCCACAUGGUUAUAUCAUGGUUUGUUUCUUGUAUAAAUAUAGGUAGAAGGAGCGAAACACUUUCAAUGUCCAGACUGCCCAAAAGUUUGCAAGUCAAAGGGUGGUUUAACCAGGCAUCGUCGAAGCAAACAUCCUGAUAAAGAAGAGCUAACAGUGGCUACUAUAAACAUUCCACCUAUAAACAUGGAGAUUAUAGCAAAAAUCAUUUCUGAAACUGUCGAGAAACUGCGAGAAGAAAACAUUUAUCCAAAGGAAAUUCUCGACAUUAUAUCCAAAUUGAAGCCCAGUGAAUCCUUUCUCAAGUUCAUAACCAAGGUUUUUCGUUUGUUCUGCAGAAAGCUCAACCAGGAUAGGAUGCUGGCAUUGUUUUAUGGCGAAAUAAUCAAAGAUUGGAGGGUGUACUUUCCGCCUUGUGACAAUCAAAAGGCUAUAAAUAUUUUGCUAAUUCACCUCCCGCAAAAGUUGGUUGUCUAUCACAAACAACUUGCAAGCAACAAGCAACGUGAUGAUCAGGUAAGGUGUACUGUCAAUGUUAUUUAUUAAUAUAUGAUGUUUGUGCUACCGUGGUGCUACGUGGUGAAUGUGUGGUAAAUUUUGAUUUGGGAGAAUAUAUUAAAAACAGGAACUAAACUAGCAAAACCAUGGCCAUGCUAAUAAAAAAUACCACCUGAAAUUACCAACACCAACCAAAAGUACAAUAAUGCUUCCUAUUAACCGAUUGAGUUGCAUUGCACCCUACUUUAUUAUUUUACUCUGUCUAACACCAGAUGAUUUUACUUGUCAAGGGGAGAGCGCUGGUGCUUAAUGGUUUAAAUACAUUAGGUCUGCUGGGCCUAUGGCACCUCCUUUUGGGAUGGGUAAAUUUACACAAUUACACUAUAGGAAUUUCUACAAAUUCCCUUCAACAAUCUGCCUUUAAUAAUUUUAGGGAGAAGAUGAAAUUGGUUUAAAACCAGAAGAAAUUGGUCCUCUCUCCUAUGUUACUGGGUAUGUCCUGCAGUCCCUCUACAGGAAAAGUAAAAACUCAAAGCACUGGAACUCUCCUCGUAGUCAGGAACUGCAGUUUCUACUUCAGUCCCUAAAACUUGAGGAAACCAAAGAAGACCAAUACAUUCAGUCUUUAUCAAGAGGCGGUCGUUGGACCCCAAAUGAAACAAUAAAAAACAUUGCUAAAACAACAGAACUAAUGUUUCGCCAGCACCUAAAAUUGAACAAGAGUGCAUCUGUUCCCACCGAUAAAGUUGUAGACCAG